CUUUGGCCUCUCACCUUCGAUUCCCCAGAGCCUAGUAUUUGAGAAGUGAAACUGAACAUGCCACCCUUUUCAUGAGGGGGGAGAAAAAACCUUGGAGGCCUUUUCAUUGGGCUUAUUUAGCAUUGGUCACACACAACCCUUCACCAUGAACAGUGUGGCGGCGGCUGCUCUCCUUGUGUGGACUCUGACCUCUCCCAGCAGCAGUGGCCACGGCAGAGGGGAUGCUUGGCCCACACACACGGCCUGCAGCAGUGGGGGUUUGGAAGUACUCUAUCAGAGUUGCGAUCCCUUACAGGAUUUUGGCCUUUCCAUUGACCAGUGUUCCAGGCAUGUCCAACCAUCCCUCAACAUUCGAUUUGGCAUCAUUCUGAGAGAGGACAUCAGCAAGCUGUUUCUGGACAUGGCUCUUGUCUCGGGAGGAUCUUCUGUUCUGAACUUCUCCUAUCCCAUCUGUGAGGAGGAUCUGCCCAAGUUCUCUUUCUGCGGAAGAAGAAAAGGAGCCAAGAUUCAGCGACUAUUGGUUGAGGCAGCGGAAGUUACUCCCACACCAAGACUCCGAACACUGUAUUUAAAAAGUGGGGAAAUAGAUAUCUGCAUCUUGUUCCUGAGUUUAAUAGGAAUGCUUCGAGUUCUUCCCAUUUAAUAUGUUGUCUGUAGGUUUGUCAUAUAUAGCCUUUAUCAUGUAGAAAUAUGUUCCUUCUCUUUUAAGUAUCUCCAAGACUUUUAUCCUGAAAGGAUGUUGGAUUUUGUCAAAAGCUUUUUCUGCAUCUAUUGAAAUAUCCAUGUGAUUUCUGUCCUUUAGUUCUUUGAGUCCACUAUAUAAUGUGUUGCGUUUUAGUUAUCUUAACUGCCUUAAAAUUAUCCGAAUCCUCUUACAAAAUGUUUAGUUAUAUUGAUAUACAUGUGUUGAACCAUCCUUGCAUGCUUGAAGUAAAGCUGACUUGUUUGUGAUAAA